CUCGCGACUCAGCUGUCUCGCUUCAGGAUUCGACCGCCGCCGGAAAUCAGUCAGGCCACCAAUAACAAUGACAAAGAGGACGAAGAAGGCUGGAAUUGUCGGCAAAUAUGGUACCCGAUAUGGUGCGAGUCUUAGGAAGCAAAUCAAGAAGAUGGAAGUGAGCCAACACAGCAAGUACUUCUGCGAGUUCUGUGGGAAGUAUUCUGUGAAGAGGAAGGCUGUUGGAAUUUGGGGCUGUAAGGAUUGCGGGAAGGUCAAGGCUGGCGGUGCUUACACUAUGAAUACGGCAAGUGCUGUGACAGUGAGGAGUACCAUCAGGAGGCUGAGAGAGCAGACUGAGAGCUAAGAUGGAACUGUCUAUUAAGAGAAAGGAAGCUUCUUACCACCUUAUUUGGAACCUCUGUUUACACAGACCAGAUUUCAAUCUUCCCUUUUUGAUAAUUUGAUGUUCCUGUCGUUUUUUUUUUUUGGGUUAUGCUACAUUUGUGCGGACCUGUGCCUUGGUAACAGUAAG